CACGAAACCCCAAUCGACCUUCGGAAUAUGGUCUCCUUUUUUGCUCUUGUGAGUUCUGGCGACCUCGACCAUCCGCUUCUUAUCUUUCCCAAAUCGACAAGCUAGGAAUCUUCUUCCGGAACACCCUCAUCAGGGCCUAUUCUAGGACACCUGCUCAUCGAAAUGCACUCUUCCUUUAUAAACAGAUGCUCCAUUCCUUUGUUGUGAAUGCUAUGAUGCAUAUGUACUCAUUAUUUGAUGAUAUGCGUGCUAUUUGGUGAUAUUCAUUCUGCACGCGAACUGUUUUAUAGUAGGCCAACAAGAGAUGUAAUCUCAUUCAACACCAUGAUCACCGGAUAUGCUUGUGGAAAUGAUCCCGUAAAUGCACUCUUUGUAUUAAGAGAAAUGGUUAUUUUGGGCGAUUCAUCUUUUCAUCUGCAACAGCUGGGAAAUUGAUAUGAAUUUAAUCUUAGAAAGUGCACUGAAUGAUAUGAUGAAUACCGCAAAUAAUCUGUUCGGCAGAAUGAGGAAGAAAAGCCCGAUGUCGUGGAGCUCCCGAUGUCAUGGAGCUCUAUGGUAUAAUAUGUGAAAAUCAGGGAGAUUGAAAUUGCAAGACUUUUGUCUGAUAAUAUGCCUGAAGCAGAUCCAGUAACGUGGAUAGCUAUAGCCAGUUACUAUUCUCAAGCAGGAUAUGUAGACUGUUUACAUGCACAACCUAACAAAAAUUUCAUGAUUUGUUUCUUCUGAGCAUGUAGAUGGUUUACACUCAACCUAAAAUUUUUUUGCCAACAGUUAAACUUUUUAUCCCUGCAAUUGUAUCCUGUUUCACCAAACGAAAAACAUUGGUCCACAGAUUUUUGUCUGUGCAAUUCAUGCAUAGCUAAGAAUUUUUGGUCUGUGCAUUUUCAUCUAUAUUUUCAUACAUGGAUAGAAAUCCAUGGAUAUAGGUCCAUAGACGUUUAUCUGUGGCCAUCAAACGUCCCCCUAAGGAUGAGGGUUUCACUGUUCACACCGUGAACCCAUGACCAAUUCUGGUCCUCUCUGGCCUUCCAAGGAGCCACUGGAGACUCCACCAAUGCCUCUGUUCCCUGCCGAUUCCCUUUUUAUUUUAUUUUAGUUAUUAUUUACUUUUUUUUCGUACUGCUGCAAUAAACUGUAAAUGCAAAAAUUAUAGCAUGUACCUAUACUCUUAGCAGAUAGCCAGAUACAUAUAUAUCAUGCAUAAAUUAAACACAUAUAAAUAUAUAAUACCAUUAAUCUUAAAUCAUGUGUUCACAUACACUAUGAAAAUAGCAAAUAGCGGGAGGGGGGGACAAUGUAUGUUGCAGACAAAAAGGGGCAUCAAUACUCUACUCCACACGGACUAGUUAACACAAAAGUAGGAAACAAAGACAAGAAGAAGAAGAAGAAGAGAAGCACAAUUGUUUCCCUCUCUCUCACUGGUAUGCUCCUUAUAACAAAAAUCGUGGUAGUUUCUCCCUUCCCACCACCACCAUAUUCUCCUUAAUCCUAGGUGGCGGCUGUAACUAGCCACUAAAAAAAAAAAAAAAACUUAAAUAAAUAAAUAAUGAUCAAAAUAAAAAGUUGGUUUUAAUAUAUCUGCUAGACGUCAGAUGGCUAAAAAUUAAAAACCUGUUACUAAGAAAUAGUUUUACACAGGAGGAUUAGCAAUGGUUUAUGGUACACAAUGGUUCAUGUUGUGUUUAACUGUUUGUGCCUUUGUGGUGCUUUCAAUGAUGGAUGUAUAUAUAUAUAUUAUAUAUACACAUCCUGCAUUCUUGUUUCUAUUAGGAUGGUUUCCACUCUGGCGCAAGCUGUUUAUCUUUCUACAUUACUUUGAAGCUUUCUGUUAUAAAUGUUUUGUAGAAGACCUAUUAAAGAAUGUAGCACAAAUAUUACUCUAUAUUCCAAUAUACUCGUGAAGAGGAAUUAUGCAAUAUUCAAAGAGUUUUAGAAGCAAAGAAGAAGGAGAGCUAGGGAUGUAAAUUUAGAUUAUGAUAGUUUAAGUAGUUUGAGACUUUGAGUAUUUGGUAGAAUUUGGUAUCAACAGAAAAAAAAAUGCAAAUGCUAUAUCCUAACCAUUUACAUGGAAUAGGAAACACAAGAGCAUGAUAUCUCAAAGUUUUAUCCUAUGUCACAUGGGUGAGGGUCUAUGUCACAUAGGUACGGAUACGGGUACAGACCAUUUUCAAAAAAUUUGGGUGCGGAGGUACAGCCGUACACACACGCGGACAUAUAUAUAUAUAUAUAUAUAUAUAUAUAUAUAUAUAUGUUAAAAAGUUUCAAAAUGAAUAACAUAUUCACAAAACAUAGUAUGGAAGUAAUUAACAUACAAAUAUAUCAGCUUUCUUGAUUCUCCGUCGCAUCAUCAAAAUUAAAAGGAGCAACAGGUCACGCUUUUAAGAUAUAUUGACAUCGCUAUAGUUAUGGCUCACACUAUUAUCGAAGAGUCAAGUUAUAGAGAAGGAACGGAUUUUCGAAACAUUGUAUGGAAGAUUUUAAAUGAAAAGUUGUGAUGAACUAUGUACAACAAAGGUUUAGAGUGAAAAAAGAAACAAGAAAAGAGAUGGGGAUUUUUAAUUUUCAACUAAAAAACUGGACAACUUUGGACUUGGUACUGCGUUGACCGCACUAGGGCUGUACCCGUACCCGUACCAUACGGGUACUCCUCUUAGGGAGGAGUACCUGUGUGAAUAUGGGUACAGGUACGGAGAUGCGUGUAUGGUACGACGAUUUUAGAAAAUUUGGGUAUGGGGGUAUGGCAAAGUGUGUGUAUAUAUAUAAUAAUCCUCAAAAUUUCUCAAAAUUAAAGAAAAAUGAGAGGAAAAUAUAGAAUUUUAGUGGAAGGGUAAUACAAAAGAAGGGAAAAAUUAAAAUUAAAGAAAAAAUUAAGUUGAAAAUAUAAUUUUAAAUGUUUUAAAAUGCAACCGUACCCGCGUACCAACACGGGUACCUAGGCAAAUGUCGCGUACCCCUGUCACAUAGGUUUUAUCUUAAAAGAAAAAUGAUAACUAUGUCACAUGAAUGCUUCUAAAUGGCUGCCGCACCUGUGUCGAUGCUGGUGCUGCUCCAACACAGCACAUUUGAUUCGGUCAACUAAACUAGGUCCAAACUGACCAUUUUAAAUAUGCACAUAACUAAAUUAGCUUUAAUACAAAAAUUUUAUGUAUGAAUAUAAAGAAAUAAGGCCACUAAGCAGUUAACUAUGUAACAAAUAAUUUAUAUACAUUUAUACACACACAUAUAUACACCUGAGCUGCACCUGCACCUAUUUUUUUUUUUUUUUUUAAUUUCUGCAUCUGCACCCGCACCCCGCAUACAUGAGAAAAUAGUUGGAAAAGUUUAUAGGACCUAAACUUUUAGAAGCCAAAAUAUUAUUAUUGCGAUGAAGACUUUUGUGUUUGUGUGAUAAGGCAUUUAUAAGUGUUUUACAUACAUUUGCAGUGAUAGAAACAUUUAUAAAAUAGCCAUCUAUUUUGUAAAUUUAAAUCUCUGCAAAAUCAAAUAUGAAAAAAGCUGAGAUGAUAUCAUCAAAAUAAUCACGCAAUAAAUAUGUAAUACAUUCAGAUAAAUGGCCAACACUUUGAAUCAGUUGUCCAGAAUUUCUGUUUCAUAAAUAAUUCACUCUUACCACCAAAUUUUCCUUGAACGUCUUUUGUCAUAUUCUAAAAUAAGCAUAAAUUUAAAUAAAGUAUUAAUAGGUUUCGGUACUCUCAUAUGUGGAUCCAACCAAAACAAAGGUAAAACUGUAGUUGGUGUGUUUUAUCUCUGAAGAAUUUAUCCUUGUUUGGGUAAACAGAAGGUGGUGAGGGUCUGUAGAUUUCUCUGUGGCAAAAAUUUGUUGCUGAUUAGUGUGCAUUUUAUGCUUCUUCUGUUUUGCCUGUGAGAGCAAGGUUCCCAGGCCAGGACCGCACCAUUUUUAGGACAUCAUUUUCAAUCUCAUCUUCUACGGCAACAACACUGCAGGGCCUCAUCUUCCAUCUUCCCUUUACUGCAGGUAAGAGCAUUAGACGGCAACACAUCUUGUAAGUUGCUCCAGCAUAUCACCACCACCAUCAUCUUGCGCUGCAGAAAACUCUUGGUGCAGCAGCAGCUCUAUCUUCUCAUGGCAGUAUCUCUAUUAGCCGACGGCUAAGAUAUGGUAUCAGAGACUGAUGACAACCAAGAAGCGCUGGUCACGGUGGAAGCUUUGCGCAGGCAGGCGGAGGCCAAUCGUCACGCGAUCGCUGGGAGACUGAAAGGCAUUGAAAAGAGUAGCGGUGAAUUGGGGCAACAACUUAGCGACAUAGAGAGGGAGGUGCGAUCGAGACAGCAAGAGAUGAUGACGCUCUUAUUGGAAGUCAUUAGCAGGACAGCAGGUGAGAUAGGAGGAUCAUGUUGUGGACAACCAAAAUCAUCCACACCUCAGCAUGAACCACUGGAAACAGGAGAGACGAUGGGGUAUAAGAAGGUUUCUAGGAUGGAAUUCCCAAGUUUAAUGGAGAGGAUCCCAUCAGUUGUGUAUUUAGAGCGGAACAGUAAUUCAAUUGCCAGAAAAUUGUGCCAGACCAAUGGGUCUUGCACGCUGCUGUUCACUUAGAGGGGUCAGCGAUACACUGGUACAGGUGGAUCAUCACACAACAAGGGAUGCCGUUGUGGAGGGCUUUCGUGGAGGCGCUCCAGGUGAGCUUCCGACCCUCGGCUUACUUAGAUUAUAACAUGUUAUUGACUAAAAUCAAACAAAAAGGGAAGGCAAUGGAAUAUCAAGCAGAAUUUGAGGAAGUGAGCAAUAUGGUGCCUGGGUGGCUUGUCGAGGCCUUGAUUGGCACUUUUGUAGGGGGAUUGUAGGAGUAUUGCAUAGAAGUGCAAGUGGCCAGACCCCAAAGCAAGCCUCUGAGCUGGCAAGAAUUGCAGACAGAAAAUCGAGCAGACUCCUCAACGGUUGGAUGCAGAGUAGAACCAACAGAAGUUUGCCGAACAAAAACCCCACAGUCACAAGAGACCUGCGUGAGGUCCAGCCAGCAUUGCGUGAGGUUCUGCUAGCAUCCAGAGUAGGUGCAGGGAACAAAUAAGUGUUGGUCAAGCGACUAAGUCCAAAACAGAUCAAGGAACAACGCAGGAAGGGAUUGUACUUUCAAUGCGACAAGAAAUGGGGCGUGGGACAUGCUUGUAAAAAGCUAUAUACGUACUUAGUAGAUGAAUCUGAGGAUAACUUUCAGGAGGAAGAGGGCAUAGAAAAGGGGAAUGAUGACAGUAUAGAUGAAUUAACUCUAGGAAUAUCUCUUCAUGCCCUAGCGGAAGACAACAUUACUCAAAUGAUGAGAGUUGAAGGAUGAUUGAUGGGGAGGACUGUCAAGAUAUUGGUCGACAUGGGGUCGACACAUAAUUUCAUUGGGAAGAAGAUUGCCAAGGGCCAAAUGGAGUAAUGUUACAGAAAAUGGGAUUCAGUAUAAUGGCAGUUCUAAAGGAUGAGAGAAAGUUGUCACAAUUCAUGUAUCUAUUUAGAAGAAGCAUAAUGAACAAUGGACCAGACAACAUUGAAGAGCUAUUGGAUCGGCACUUGAAGAAAAAAGACAAGAAAGAAGAAGAAUCUAUAAUUACAAACAGGCAGCGUCUAACCAGCAACAGGAGGGAGGCCUUGAGUCUCUACCGAGAUAUAAUUAGAGCAUCCAGAUUCUUUCUUUGGCCAGAUGAUCGAGGAAUCUUGUGGAGAGACAUAUUACGAGACAACGCAAGGAGAGAGUUUGAAGAAGCAAGGCAUGAGACUGACCCUGAGACCAUCACUCGCUUACUGAUAGGUGGUCGAGAUGCCCUUGAUUCUGCUCUUGAGAAGCUGGUACAAAAACAGAAGCAGAUGAUGAACAACAAACGCAAUAAAGGUCCAAGUUGGUGAUUGCCUUGGUUAUUUUGAUAUUUUAUUUGAUAUGUAUAAUAAUUGUCUCCCGACUUUCCAUUUGUACAUUCAAGGUCUCAGAAAUGUCAACCUUUAUUCCUGA